AUGAUCAAUGAUGCAUUUGGCAUAAAUAGGCAAUGUGACAAUGAAGUACAAUUUCAGUCAGAGGAAAACAUUGCACAAGACUGGGGAACAAAUUGUUUUGCAAAUGAUGAAGUAAAUAGAGAUAAAGACUUUUUUAAAUUAGCAAGAGAUGGGGAACAACCAUUGUAUGAAGGGUGUCAUAAAUAUUCAAAGCUUUCAUUCAUUAUGAAGUUGUAUCAUAUUAAGUGCUUAUGUGGGAUGACUGACAAGUCCAUAAUUAUGAUAUUGGAGCUACUGCACGAUGCGUUUGAACAUGCAAAGAUUCCAUCUUCAUUCUAUGAGGCAAAGAAGAUUAUUACCAAGUUAGGAUUGGACUACCAGAAGAUACACGCUUGUCCAAAAAAUUGUAUGUUGUACUGGGGAGUGGAUGAUGAAAAUAGACAAAGCUGCAAGGUUUGUCAUGAAUCUAGAUGGAAACCACCUGUUAAACACAAUGAUCGUACAUGUUCUCAGCAGGGAAAAAAGAAGCGUAACGUGGCUGCAAAAGUUGUUCGAUACUUUCCCCUUAAACCGCGUUUGCAAAGAUUAUUUUUAUCAACAAAGACUGCUGAAGAUAUGAGAUGGCAUGCGACGAAUGGUAACAAUGAUGGCUUGAUGAGACAUCCUAGAGACUCUGAAGCAUGGAAGAAGUUUGAUGAGUUGCACACAUCAUUUGCUUCAGACCCACAAAAUGUGCGACUCGGUUUAGCCACUGAUGGUUUUAAUCCUUUUGGUAAUAUGAGUGCUAGUUAUAGUAUUUGGCCAAUCAUUCUAAUUCCUUACAACAGCCCUCCAUGGUUAUGUAUGAAGUCAAUGUCUUUUAUCAUUUCAACCAUCAAACCUGGUAAAAGAAUGUCAGGUAAUGACAUUGAUGUGUUUUUACAACCUUUGAUCAAAGAGUUGAAAGAAUUGUGGCAAGAUGGUGUAGAUACUUAUGAUGCUUUUACAAGGGAGAUGUUCAAAUUACAUGCAGCAUUGAUGUGGACGAUUAGUGAUUUUCCUGGCUUAGGAAAUCUAUUUGGCUGGAACACAUACACUGGCCUAGCUUGCUCUUCUUGCAACGUUGAUUUUGAACCUUGCCGCCUUUAUCAUAGUAAAAAAUGGUGUUUUAUGGGUCAUCGACGCUUUCUUGACCAAAGACAUAGAUUUAGGUUGAACAAGGUUCGAUUUAAUGGAAAGCAAGAUCUGCGUAAUCCUCCAAAGUUGUUGUCUGGGUGUGAAAUACUUGAACAAGUUGCAAAUAUUAAUGUCAUCUUCGGUCGGACACCCGAUGUUAGUAGGAGAAGAAAAAAGGACGUGCUAGUGACCGUGAUGCACAGGGAAACACCCAGCAAUGGAAAAAGAAAAGCAUUCUUUUUUAACUUCCAUAUCUGA